CCACUAGGCCAACCUGCCACCCCAGUUGAUGUAUAAUAAAAUAAAUGUGUUCCUGUACAAUAAACUAGCCAAGCCUUUUUGUGAAAUAGCACAAAGGUCUUUACACUCUCGCUGUGCAAUGGUAUCUUUCCCAAACGGCACCCUAGUCCCUAUAUAGUGCACUACUUUUGAGCAGGACUGUCCUUCCCGCUCUCCCUCGUUUCCCUGUCAGAUCGUGCUGGUAUUUCUAAAUAAUCCAGUAGGUGGCAGCCCAAGUAAAGUGUGGCCUUAUCUUUACCCUGCAAUUUCAAAAAAUGACCAGCAGAGAUCAGAGUACUCACAUUUUUGACAGCUGAAGAACAAGCAUUUUAGCUUUGACAAUGCAUUCAUAUCACAUUAAGAUAACUUUAUUGAUCAAUUGCACACAAGGUCCAACCGAAAUGUUACUUCCGCUUUUAACCCUACCCCCUCCGAAAGACACAUAUAUACAUAGGAAUUUGGAAUGGCAUGGGGGGUUUAAGUGCCUUUGCUCAAGGGCACAAUGAAUGUGGGCAGACCCACGAGCAACUGCACCCUCUCAUGAUGAGUUAAUAUUUUUUGUGGCCCUCACCCCCAUCAAUCGCUUGUUAGGAUAGGCCUAACAUCAUACAGUCAGUCAGUCAUCUAUGAUUUUGAAAUAAACUCCAGUCAUUUGGAGAUGGGAAGGGAUAUUAUUUUCCGUGGUCCAGCGAACACUAACAAUGCACCUCAGACAGUCAAACAAACAUUUUGUUGUGUCAAACGUUACGUGACAUUUCAUUACCAUUCCAUCCUCGGAGUGGCCGCAUUGUUUGUACGAGCUUAGCUAAACAAUUCUACCCUCGAUGUAUGUUUGUUUCCAUUGCAUUCUUUCUUUUGAUUCUCAAUGUUUGGAAAGCACAUCUAUCUACAAUAGUAGACCGCAAAAAAAAAAAAAACGAAUAACCUACAGGUCACUGCAAAGGUGGAGCGCCUCAUUUUACAUCUUCAGUGCGCCUGUGCAGACUCACUAAUCUGUCCACUUUCAACAGCGAUUUCUGGGCACAGUUUUCAAAUUGGUAGCUAGCUACUACAAAUAAUUCAAGUCCUUCACAGAAGUCAGGAAUCCCAGACACUACUUGGCUCUAAUCACAGGAAUCCCAGACACUACUACUGACUGGGGAAGUUACGAGGCCCAUGGUCUUCUGAAGUGAGAGCUGUUGUCUGCUGUGCUUUGGACUCUGUGAUGGCAAAUCGGGAUGAUGAGGUGGACUUGCAGCAUAGUACGACAGGGAGCGAGGGGGGGAACUCAUCAGGCGAAACCCCUCCCUCCAAACGCAAGGGCAAGUUCUCCAGCUUCGGCAAUAUGUUCAAGCCCUGGAAGUGGAGGAAGAAGAAGAGCAGUGAGACGUUUCUGGAAACCUCAAUAGUGUUGGAGAGGAAGAUCUCGGUAAGGAGACCUCGUCAGGAGCUGAUUGACAGGGGAGUGCUGAAAGAACUUCCAGAGAAUGAGAGCAACGAUGUGAACCACUCCAAAGUUCCGGGGGUGAAGAAUGGCCAGCCAGUAUCCAUGGACGUUGACCGGGUGUCAGAGUCGGGGGUGAGGGGGUCGCGGGGGGAGCCAGGCCCAGGGCUCAAUCCCACUUGGCUGCCCCAGGGAGUGGACCCCCGGCGGGGCACUGUCCCUUCAGACGACCCCCGGAGCAGGAUCAGGGUGCCCUCCGAUGCCUCUCGCUCCAACCGAGCCCCACUGGACGUUGACUCGCACGCCAGGCUAUCGGCCAUAGAUCUGGAGAGACGGAGCAGACUGCCCUCUGACGUGUCGGAGAGGAAAGGAGGGUCACCUCCGAGAGGACCUGCUCCGGAGGACGGGAAGCACCGGAGAGAGGGGAAAGAGGACAAGCGAGAGGAGAGGCGAGAUGGGAAAGAGGACAAGCGAGAGGAGAGGCGAGAUGGGAAAGAGGAGAGGCGAGAUGGGAAAGAGGAGAGGCGAGAUGGGAAAGAGGAGAGGCGAGAGAGGCGAGAUUUGAAAGAGGAAAGGAAAGAGAGGAGAGAUCCUUGUGAUGAGAGAGAAAGAAAGGAUCAGAGGGAGGAGAGAGACCGGGAGGGAGGCGAACGGAGGGAUGAUAAAGACAAGGAAAAGAGAGACAGGAGAGAUGACAGGGAAAAGAGGGACAGAGAUUAUCGAGAGGAGGAGAAGAGAGAUGGGAAAGGAGAAAAAGAUGGCCGGAGAGAGGGAAAAGAGAAAAGAGACGAGAAGAGAGAUGAUCGAGAGAGGAGGGAUGACAAGAGAAUCGAUUGUGAAAGGAGAGAUGCUCAUGAUCGCAGGGACGAUGGGGAGGAGAAGGAUAGGAGAAGGAGUCCUAGGGCUGGGAAACCAGAGACUAUCUUGAGACCUGUAGAAGGGAGUCGUCCGGUGGUCAGACCCCACUCUGAGAUGGAGCUGAGGCCCAGUUUCCAGAAGACCACCUCAGAGGACCGUGGUAGCAGGGUCCGCCCUGCCUCCGAGACUUACUGUGGAAGCACCCUGCCCAGGUACAUGACAUCUGAGGAGACCAAACGAGGGGAGACCCGUGGAAGAGCAGAGUCCACUGGUGUCCGCUUCGCCCCAGGCCUCACCCCAGACCCUGACUCCGCCUUUAACUCCUCUUCCUCCCGGAGAGCUCAGCCUCCUGCCAAACAGGCCACGCUCCCUCCCAAGGGCCAACCCACCACCACCUCCUCCACGGAGCCUGGCCGGACCUCCACCCCACCUUCCUCCUCCUCCUCUACUUCCUCCACCUCCUCUGCAAUAGCGGUGGCCAAGCCACCCAGGACUGUUUCCCUGGUCAUCAGUGAUGACCCUCCUCCCAGCCCCGUCCCCCCUGCGCGGUUCAGCCAUGUACCCCCAUCCUUCACCCCGGGAGAGUCGGCCACCCCUCCCCCUGUACCCCCCCAUGCCAAGCAGCCACCGGUACCCCCACCCAAACCCACCAACCGCAACAGCAACCUCGCUCUGCUUGCGGAGCUCUCUCAGGCUGGCAGUGGUGUCAUUGUGUUUCCUGCCCCCACCAGGCGCUCUCCACCCACUCCGCCCAAGAGGAUGACCCCCGUCACCAAGAGCCUCUCCGACGACCCGUCCCUUGAGGCAGAGACCUCCUUCCCAUCUAGUUCUGCCCCUGUUCCAGUCCCCAUACCUACUGUCUCUGUACCCCCCAGCGCUGACCAAGAUGCCAAUCGGGACACCCUUAAGGCAGUAGGCUUCCAACUACCCACCUCUGACCCUGUACCACGACCUCUGUCCCAUAUACCCAUGUCAACUCCUAGCUCCCACCCCCACCUACCUCUCCCCAACUCUGUCUCCGUCCCCCUCCCUAUCCAUCAGAAGGAUCCUCCCAGCCCCACCACAGAGCCACCCAACCACCCCCCAGCCUCAGUCCCAGCCAUCCCCCUGCACAUCCUGAUCCAGCGGGCCCUGUGCUCCCCCAGCCCGGCCCAGGCUAACCCAGACGGAUCCCAGAGAGCCCACUCCAUGCUGUUUGAGUCCCCUCCAGAGUUCCUCACUGAGGCUGGAGUCCGACGCUCUCUACCCGUCACCAUAGAACUGCUCAGACUACCUGAGGAUGAUGACUUCAACAUGGAGGAGGAGUUGGAGAAGCUUCACCCCAGGCGGAUGCUGCCCUCCCAGCCCCCCAGGCAGCCUGAGCUGGAGCCCAGGAGCAGAAGGGGUCUGAUGGGGGAACCCAGGGUCAGUGUGAUCCCAGAGGGCCGGGGGCACGGAGACAGCAGUGAGGAGGAUGAAGAUGAGGAGUCGGACUCUGACGGACCCAUCCUCUACAGAGAUGACGAUGAAGACGAGGACGAAGAUCCACCAAGUGCCUUGGCGAGCCGUGUGACGAGGAAGGACACCCUGGCCCUGAAGCUGGAGAGACAGCAGGAGGGAGGAGAAGGACAGGACGGAGUCGGCUGGCAGAGCAGAGAGCAGUGGGAGGCACUCAGGAACAAGAUCGGUACUACGCUCAACAGGAGGUUGAGUCAGAGACCCACAGCAGAGGAGUUGGAGCAGAGAAACAUCCUUCCAGCCAGGAACGAAGCUGAUAUCAGGGCAGAGAGGAGCGAGAUCAAACGCAGACUAACGAGAAAGCUGUCCCAGAGGCCCACCAUAGCAGAGCUUCAGGCCAGGAAGAUCCUGCGUUUCCAUGAGUACGUAGAGUGUACCACAACUCAAGACUACGACCGCCGUGCAGACAAACCCUGGACCAAGCUCACGCCCUCUGAUAAGGCUGCCAUCCGCAAGGAACUUAAUGAGUUCAAGAGCUCUGAGAUGGAGGUUCAUGAAGAGAGCAGGAUCUAUACCAGAUUCCAUCGGCCUUAGCUGUGCUCCCUGGCCUGGCUGCAAAAGAAGAAGUUGAAUGCAAUACGGAGCCGGGGGUUUGCAGGACUCCAAUAUGGAACGCACAGACCCCCUGGUGACUGCAAUUACCACAUUCCCUUGUCCUGGAACAAGCCUGUUCCUCUCCCGGAAGGCACAGUAUUGAUGGCUGUAUCUGAAACCAUGGCCUAUCUGUGACCAUGGACUAUGAAUUUGUGGAUGUGGUCCCUUGGUCUAUCCAGUCAUUGUUGAAGCCACGGACUAGAGGUGAGUCCCAUCGGUCCAAGCCCUCAAACCAUGGGGCUACUGGUACUACUGUACUGCAGCGUUGAGCUUCCUGACAAGAUGACCCAUGGGGGAGCAGGAGGAGAACAACAGAGGUGGUGGUUUAGGCCUAUUUCAGAGGACAUUUUGUUACUUCGCUGUGCCAACACUGUGACUUACGAUAGGCAUGACAAAAGGGACAGAGAUUGACAGAGAAUGUCCUGUUUUGUUCAUCACAUCUACAUUCUCUGUCACUACCUAAGGUAAGAAUAUUCCCAAGAGGCCUUCUGCACCUGCUUUUUAGACUUCCCUCAACACUUUGCCAUAUUUUUAUUUGAGAAGAGGAAAGAAUUGUGUACGUAUUGAUUGUUGAUCAUGAUGAUGGUUGACAUUCGUACACGGUGGUACUAAUGAUUUAAUGUCCAAGUAAAUGAGAUACUGAACUUUGUUAGACUACAUGACACUGGUGAAACCCUCCAACGUGUGUGUGUGUGUACCCACUGGUACUAGCCUUAUCGCUGUUGGGACAAUACAUGGAGGGGUAUGAAAACUGUACAGAGGAAAUGUGAAAUGGCUAUAUGUAGCCUACAUAUAUCAGUGACGGGUUUAGUUAAAGGAAACUCAAAUGUAGCCUCAACUAGUCAGCUUACUAGCUGUUUUACAUAGACCUAGAUCUUAUUCAACAGCUCCAUUCUCCCCAUACACAAUGAUGUGCAUUUUUACUGUAUUCUGUACAUUUUCUGACAGCCAAUAAUACAAGCUAACUAAUUGUUUUUUCAGGCAUAGUAAUAAGGCACCGUAUUGUUAAAAUGGGAAUUUAAAGUAAAAAAAAUGUAAUUUGUACAAUUUGAAACAUUAGAAUAAUUGAAUAAGACCUAACUAACAAAGCUUACAUGCACUAUAAUUAUUUCACGGAUGGUGUUGAAGGCCUGCAGUAGGAACAUGGAUAUAUUUUUACUUAAACAUUUUGUUUUUAUUAUGUUACUUUGUAUGUAGGCCAAUGGUUGGCCUCAGCUGUAUAAACUUAUCCUGUAGAUUUUACUUUAUAUUAAAUACUGCAUGUCUUCCUAAUGUUAACAAAAAUGUCUUUUAAAUGUAAUUAAAGUAUUACAACAGUGCUAUUUUCUAAUAAUGUUACAGACAUUGGUACAGAAAAAGCGUCCCCUUAUUUUGCAGAUGUUUUUUAUGAAGAGAUCUUUAAAAUUAUUUGCAAACCUAUUGUAUAAAUGAAUGGUCAACUUGCACUCAAAUUAAAAUAAAUGGUUUAUCAUGAAGAA